UGGUAGUCGCCGGUAUCCAGUUCGUGAAGUGAAAAGUUCAUUAAUAGUGUGGGAUUACGUGAAUAUGACGCGACUGGCUCUUAAUGAGAUUUAGUCGAGGCAGCCUUGACCUUUUGUUUCGGUGCUCGAUUGUUAAGUCGAAAGUUGAACCUACACGCGUAAGACGAAAAUAGGCAAGUGCAUUCUGGCAUUUGCUGUGACAAUGAGGUGUCUGAAUGUUCUUCAGACCCGUCAUGCCUCCGAUGCAGUCCCAGAGGAUGUGUGAAAUGUCAAAACCUCAUCGUAAUGCACACCCGGAGAUGUGUAGAUACCUGCCCGUUCGGUCAUAUCAGAAAAUGGAGCACCGUUGUCGAUUAUAUAGGGGAAAUGUGCCAACAUAACGGCAAUUUUCUAGGUCUUUCAACGAACGCCCUAGCAGUAAUAGUAGGCGUAGCGACAGGCACGAUCCUAUGCGUGGUUUUCAUCUCGACGGCAGUGGUAUACAUAAAAUACAGACGAAAAAAGAUGCCUGUCAUCAGCGACACUGCUUCCGACAUCGACGACUCUCCCGAGAAAAAAGACUUCCUCAAGCAGCUGGAGACGUUGAGGCCGUACGCUGAUAACUACCUGGAUAUGCUCAAUGAUACCAGGAGGCAGAUCAGAGAACUGCAUAGGGAAGGGGAUAACGGCGCCAUUUCUGCUUAUAGGCCGGUUGUUAGGGAUCUAGCGAAGAUCCUGCUUCUGCUGAACCGUCCUAUAGACAAAAUCGCAGUCCCAGAUGACUGGGAGCAUCUUUUCGGCUGGGCCGAAAAGGCACUGAACAGGUACAAACGCAUGAGCGGCACUUCGAACCAUCCUCAAGUAGCUCAGCUCAUCAAUUUCCUACAGGGACCUACGGACCCUUCAGAAUACUCACUUAGGGGUAGUACCACCUUAAGCACGUUCAAGCCUGAUCUUCAGCCAAGCCUGUCAGCCAUGGAAGGCUGCUCCCGCCUGAGCCUACAAGAUGUGGCCAUCGAUAACUUCACCAGCAACUACGACUCAAAGUUCCAUCAGCCUCUGAACCCGCAGUGGAAGUUUGAGUACUCGUUGGUCGCCAAUAACUCCUCCGAGUUUGAUCCUGCUCUAUGGAGGAAUAGCAAGGAGUACCUCAACGGGUCACUCUUUUUGGACGAUGAUUUCUGCCAGUUGGGCUUCAGGCCACAGGAUGAGAUCACGACGGAGUUGUGACCGAGAAGGUUUUUCGACUCAAAAUAAUGAUGGUUAAUGUUUAAGAUCAUCUCAUGCUAGUCACUGAGACGCCUUUUAUUGUACAUAUCAUUAUACAGCGUCUCAAGUCUAUUUUAUUACCGAUUUUUUAUAUACGUUUUGUAUAAAAAUGAGUAUCAAUAGGGUAUGAUAUAGAAAAUAUGUACCUUUUCCAGUGUAAGAUUAUGUUGUACCUAUUUGUAUUUUUUUUAGUAAUAUAAUUUACGUAAUUUAC